CCACGAACGGCGGCCAGUGCUCGUCCGUUCGCAUCCAUGGCCGCUGUUCUUCUCCUUCUUCUCCUCUCUCUUCCCUCCAUCUCCCUCUCCCUCACCGAUGCCGACGCCCUCCUCCUCCUCAAAUCCUCCUUCCAAAACCCCGAACCCUCCCUCUCCUCCUGGUUCACCGGUUCACCCAACAGCUCCUCCCCUUGCGCCCUCCCUCGAUGGACCGGCGUCCUCUGCUUCAACGGCAUCAUCACUGGUCUACGUCUCGGCCAUCUCAACCUUACCGGAACCAUAAACAUCCAAGCUCUCACCCAUUUCCCUUCCAUCCGCUCCAUUAGCUUCGUCAACAACUCCCUUUCCGGCCCAAUCCCCGAUUUCUCCCGCUUAGACGCUCUCAAAUCACUUUACCUUUCCCAUAAUCGCUUCUCUGGUCCCAUCCCGCUCAACCUUUUUUCCACUUUGGAUCAUUUAAAGAAACUCUGGAUCAACGACAAUGAUUUCUCUGGCCCUGUUCCGUUUUCUUUAUCGAAAGCUAAGAGUUUGUUGGAGCUUCAUAUUGAAGAUAAUGGCUUUUCUGGAGAGAUGCCGGAUUUAAAGCUGCCAUUGUUGCAGUCUUUUAAUGCGUCCAAUAAUGAGUUGAGUGGACCUGUUCCGGUUUCUCUUGUGCGGUUUGGGUGGUCGGCAUUUGAGGGUAAUGAGAGAUUAUGUGGGCCGCCGAUGCCCGGUCCAGCCUGCCCGGUGCCUACGCCUGCGCCAGCGCCGGUGCCGAAGGAAGAAAUAAUUGCGCCGAAGGAAGAAAUAAUUGCGCCGGCGCCGAAGGUGAUGCCGAAGCUGAGGCCCUUUGUUGCCGGUGGUGCCAAUAGAGGACAUUUUGUGGGUAUUGUGGUCGGAUUGGUGUUAGUUUUGGUGCUGUUGGCGAUUGGAUUUGCCGCCGUUAAGAGACGAAGAAAAGUUAGCGACUUGGAGUCUGCCGGUGGACGAAAGGCGGCUGCAUUCGAUAUGGAGAAGGGUGCGGUGACGGCGGUGGCGGCGGCGAGCCCGGUGAAUGACGGGAACGAGCAUGGUUCUAGUGGGCACAAGCGCUACGGGUUGGCCCGGGGAUCUGGUGGUGGUGGAGGUGGAAGCAGCGGCGCCGUGCUGGUGAUGGUGAACAGCCAAAGGGAGGCAUUCGGGCUGCCGGAUUUGAUGAAGUCGGCGGCGGAGGUGCUCGGAAAUGGAACCUUGGGCUCAGCUUACAAGGCCAUUAUGGCCGGCGGCCACGCGGUUGCAGUGAAGAGGAUGAGGGAGCUGAGCCGACUAAACAAGGAGUUGUUUGAUGGCGAGAUGAGGCGUUUCGGACGGCUUAACCAUCCCAACGUUCUAACCCCGCUCGCUUACCAUUUCCGGAAAGAGGAGAAGCUUAUAGUAUAUGACUACGUUCCAAAGGGAAGUCUCCUUUAUAUACUCCAUGGCGAUCGAGGAGCGGAUCACGCUGCCUUAGACUGGCCAACUCGUCUAAAAAUCGUCCUCGGCAUCGCGAGAGGAAUGGCGUAUCUCCACGCGGAAUUGGUCUCCUACGAAGUCCCACACGGCAAUCUCAAGACCGCCAACGUCCUCAUCUCCCCGACUUUUGACCCUCUAAUCGCCGAUUACGGCCUCAUCGCCCUCGUCAACCCCGACGUCGCCCCGACCGUCCUCUUCUCUUUCAAAUCCCCCGAAGCCCAACAUCUCCGCCACGUGUCUCCGAAAUCCGACGUCUUCUGCUUUGGCGUCGUUCUCCUCGAAAUUCUGACGGGUAAGUUUCCGUCUCAGUACUUGAAUAACACCAAGGGUGGUACGGAUGUCGUGCAGUGGACGGCGUCUGCGAUCUCCGAUCAUCGGGAGGCUGAGCUUAUAGAUCCGGUGAUUACGGCGAAGGCGGCGCCGACGAUGGAGAUGGUGAGGUUACUUCGGGUUGGUGCGGCGUGUACACAGGUUAGUCCGGAUGAGAGACCGGAGAUGAAGGAGGCGGCGGAGCUUGUUGAGGAAAUUGCGGUUGCUGUGGCGGGCGCGUCGGUGGGGGCUGGGGGAUCGAGCCGGGAGGAGGCGGCGGGUUCGGUGGGAACCGAUGGCUCGUUGCAUGCCGGUUCAUCAUCGUGAGUUAUCAUAGUCUUUUGAUUCUGAUCAUGCGGUGUAUAUUCGUUCAAUUUUUUUAAUUUUAUAUGAGGAUCUUGGUUUGACUUUUAUUUAU